UGCCUGGACGGGCAGAAUCGAUCUAUAUGUGUCCACGGCCAGGACGAUCUCGUUCGAUGUGGUACUGCAGGACAGCUUGGUGCAAGCCUGGUUCGGCCACGUCUCCGCAGCAUGCAGCUGUCAAAAGAAAAAAAAAGAAUCCAACGCUGGAUCUACGCCCUGCCGAUCCGUUCGAAAAGCUCCGUAACUGGUCAGCUGGGCAGCAUUUGUCAACCCCCAAACGCCGGACUGUAGUCCGCAAGGCGUGGUUGUCGUUAAGCAGCACUUGCAUGCGCACCAUCGUCUGAGUGGAUGCGGCCUGGAGUAGACUGCAAAGUGCACGCCAGAGGCCGCCGUAGCCUACGAGAUGCGCAAACCCCGUCAUUCUACCUCACCUCAGCAAGAAUGGCAAGCUCCGAGCACAACGCCGUUGGUGAGCUUGAAUUGUCGAAGCUCUUGUCGUCGCUGAAUCCUAUCCUCGACCCAGAGCUUUAUGUCUUCGUCACGCUGCCGCCGGGAACAACCCCUCCAGGGGAUCUUGUCGUUCAGAUGCUGUUCCGCGAGCGAGAAGGCAUGACUGUGAUAACUACAAAGGAGUCCGCCAUCAAGCACGAUUUCUCGUUUACUUUUCAGUCGAGAAUGAUCACGUUGGACGUGCACUCGAGCCUGGAGGCUGUGGGCUUCAUCGCCAAGAUCACCGAGGAGCUGACCAAGCUCAGAAUCGGCGUGAAUCCUGUCAGUGGAUAUUUUCACGACCACUUAUUCAUUGCCGAUGGUAAAGAGGAGGAGGUCCUUGCAGCUCUAGACAAGAUCAAGCAGAAGGCGAUGGCUGGUAUGUGUGUCACCGCGUACGACGAAAGAGUUCAUACUGAAAGACCUUGGAGAGAGCGGACCAAUGCUGCCACCUUCCUGAAAGCAGAACGUACGCGUUGCAAGGUUGUCGAUGUGUCAUAACGAGUGACGAGAAAGAAGAGAGAAAAGAUUCGUGGCGCAGUCUGUUUUAUAUCAACUGUACCGGUAGCCGCAGGAAGAGUACAUAGCAGGUAAGCCAUGUCGAGAACAAGCAAGACAAAGAACAGAAACAGGGGAGUAUAGUAGAUGUAGAACGAAUAUAUUCCACGGGGCUCACGUCGUCGUGAACCAGCAAUCUUAUGCUUAUAUUUUUG